GGAGAGACCCGGGGGGGGCGAGCGGGACAGCGGCGCUGCACGAAGGGCCCGGGGGGGCCGCAGGCUGCAGCGUAACAUUCAUGUUUUGCUCCCAGAUCAUUCCAUCCUUCCAGGGAAGGGAAAUGGCUGCAAUGGAGCCAGUUGAGGGACCAGUGACCUUCGAGGAGGUGGCUGUGUAUUUCACCAAGGAAGAGUGGGCUCUGCUUUACCCCGCUCAGAGAGCCCUCUACAGAGACGUUAUGCAGGAGAACUUUGAGAAUGUGACCUCGCUGGGGUUUCCAGUUUCCAAACCUGAUGUAAUCUCCCAACUGGAUCGAGGGGAAGAGCCAUGGGCCUCAGAUCUCCAGGGAUCAGAGGAAAGAGAGAUCCUGAGCAGCUCCUGCACAGCAGGUGAUGGGAUGGUGAGUGAGACCAUGAAGCAGAAUCCUCAGCAGGAAGAUGAUGAGCAAGUGGAGCCAACUGGGGCGUUACUGCAAAGAUGCAAAGGGAGUGUGUCCAGGAGUUGUGAGCAGGGAAAAGCCUGUGAAAGUCAGCACAUUCCAGAGAAGUGGCAGGGAAACCAGCCAAUGCAGAAAUUUGGUAAAUCUGUUAAUUAUCACGGAACUCACAAAGGCCUCAAGGAAACCACAGCCCAGCAGGGAAUACCCAUGGGAGAAAAAAAUAACACAUGCACUGAGUGUGGGGAAAAGUUCAGUAGGCACUCACACCUUAUUAGCCAUCAGAGAAUCCAUACUCGAGAGCAACCCUAUGCAUACUGUGAGUGCGGGAAAACCUUCGCUCAGAGCUCAGCCCUUAUUAAACAUCACAAAGUCCACACAGGGGAGAAACCCUAUGAAUGCUGUGAGUGUGGGAAAAUCUUCACUCGGAGCUCAACCCUCAUUGCACAUCAGAGAAUCCACACAGGGGAGAAACCCUAUAAAUGCUGUGAAUGUGGGAAAACCUUCACUCUUAGCUCAACCUUGAUUGCACAUGAGAGAAUCCACACAAGGGAGAAACCCUAUGAAUGCUGUGAGUGUGGGAAAACCUUCACUCAGCGCUCAAACCUUAUUACACAUAAGAGGAUCCAUACAGGGGAGAAACCCUAUGAAUGUUGUGAAUGCAAGAAAACCUUCACUCAAAGGGCAUCCCUUAUUAGCCAUCAGAGAAUCCAUACGGGGGAAAAACCCUAUGAAUGCUGGGAGUGCGGGAAAACCUUCAUUGUGAUCUCAAAUCUUAUUAAACAUCAGAAAAACCACACAGGGGAGAAACCCUACGAAUGCAGUGAGUGUGGGAAAACCUUCGCUUGGAGCUCAAACCUUAGUUCACAUCAGAGAAUCCAUACAGAAGAGAAACCAUAUAAAUGUAGUGAAUGCGGGAAAACCUUCACUCAGAUCUCACACCUUAUUACACAUCAGAGAAUCCAUACGGGGGAGAAACCCUAUGAAUGCCAUGAGUGCGGGAAAACCUUCACUCGGAGUUCAAUCCUUAUUAUACAUCACAGAAUCCAUACAGGGGAGAAACCCUACGAGUGCUGUGAGUGCGGGAAAACCUUCACUCAGAGCUCAACCCUUAUUACACAUCAGAAAAUCCACACAAGAAAGAAACCCUAUGAAUGAUGACAGACAGGGUUCAGAGUAGCAGCCAUGUUAGUCUGUAUCCGCAAAAAGAACAGGAGGACUUGUGGCACCUUAGAGACUAACACAUUUAUUUCAGCAUAAGCUUUCGUGGGCUAAACCCCACUUCAUCGGAUGCAUGCAGUGGAAAAUAUAGUAGGAAGAUAGAUAGAUAUAUACACACACACAGAACGUGAAACAAUGGGUGUUAUCAUACACACUAUAACGAGAGUGAUCAGUUAAGCUAUUACCAGCAGGAGAGAAAAAAAACCUUUUGUAGUGAUGAUCAAGAUGGGCUAUUUCCAGCAGCUGACAAGAAUGUGUGAGGAAUUGGGGGGGGCGGAGGGGGGAAUAAACAUGAGGAAAUAGUUUUAGUUUGUGUAAUGACACAUCCAGUCCCAGUCUUUAUUCAAGCCUAAUUUAAUGGUGUCCAGUUUGCAAAUUAAUUCCAGUUCAGCAGUCCAACGAGAGACUGAUCACUCUCGUUAUAGUGUGUAUAACUGUAUUUUCCACUGCAUGCAUCCGAUGAAGCCCAUGAAAGCUUAUGCUCAAAUAAAUGUGUUAGUCUCUAAGGUGCCACAAGUCCUCCUGUUCUUCCUAUGAAUGAUGUGAGGCAGGAAAACCUUCACUCAAGAGCUUAAAUCUUAAUACACAUCAGAAAAUUCACAAAGGGGAGUACCCCUAGGAAUGCUGUGAGUGCAGGAAAACCUUUGCUCAUGGCUCACACCUUAGUGGGCAUCAAAGGAUCCACAAAGGAGAGAUCCUAUGAAUUCUCUGAAUGUGGGAAAUUCUGUCAGAGUUCAGCCCUUAUUUAUUAUCAGACAAGCUGCAAGGGAGAUAAAUACCAUAAAAACCUUGAUUAGGGCUGAGAAAAGAUUUUAUUUUCCUUUUGCUAAUUCCUACAUAAUGAACUUCAAGGCAGCAUUUGUGUCAUCGUGGUCUCUCAGCUCCACCAGCUGAGUUGUCUGCUUUUCCCUUUUGCACUCACUCUUCCUUGGGGUCAAUCUCAGAAUUUUUUCUUUUUCACCAACUCCUUUGUCCUAUGUCAUGGAAGUGUGUGUCCCUCCAACAGGACUGUCCAUCAGCCCCAGGUGGGGAAGUGGGAGGCACUUCAACUAGGUGCAUAGAAGUUAAAUCUACCUGGGCCCUGACUGCACUGGUUAGCUAUCUUGAUGUAAAAACACAACUAUUUUUUCAAGAAAGAAAAUAGCCCAUGUAUAGUGGCCAGGGAAAUUUAGCAAAUUUCCUCAAGACCUGACAUAACUUCCGUAACUUCUCCUAGUCUAAACAUAUUUGGAGCAUCAUAUUCAUACUUUUCCUCCCACUGUAAACUGAUUGUUAGUCACCAGGUUCCCCCACUAGGGACAAAUUGUCUCAUUCCCAGUUGUUCUCACAAUGCACUGGCUUGUGCUGAAUAGCAGUUGGGUUUUGUAUCAUUUUUCUUAUUUUAAAUAUAACAAGGAGCAGGAUUAGGGAUAGGAAAAUACGUUUUUUCAACUUCUGUGACACCUGAAGUGGUGAGUUGGAGGGAUUCCCACGUUCAGAAUUAGCUCAACAGUAUUUCCUCUGUUUGAACCAUGUAGAAUUUAUCUUCUACACAUGCUACAACUCUACCUCUCUAUGUUUCAUUUGUGUCAAUGUUCUCAGUCCUCUGCUUGGGACUCACACUUUGUUUUCUUUGAUCUUAAAACCUAGUAAAUUAGGUCUUGAAAUGAAGUUGGCAGAGACCUGGAAAGGGAAUUUGAAUGGAUCUCAAACACAGUGCCAUCAUUUGGAGUUUAAAUCCCAGUUUCCAACUGUUAGCAAAGGAGUUUUCCUACUAAGAUGGGGUGGUUUACAGAUGGGAAGGUUGGCUGGGUUUUUGUUUUGUUCUGUUUUUGUUUUUUCAUUACAAUGAUUCUAGAACUUUUGUAAAUAAUACAACUCAACACUAAUGAGUGAAGCAGGUUUGAAUGGAUCAGAGGAGAAUCUCUUGUCUUGGUUUUGAGUCAACACAUUCAACACAUGCUCUGGAAUUUCUAGUUCUAUGAAACUGGAUGUACCAUAUCUCUCUGUGAUGUGGGUUUUUCUUCUUUUUUGAGUGCCAUUUGGUCACAUAACAGGAUAUUAAUUUGAUUCGUCAGACUGUGGCUCUGAUUUAUUGGGGACUUUGAGAAAAUGACUGUUUUAGCAAGUAGCCAUUUCUCAGUUUAUUUUUGCUUUUUCCCUGCCCCCCCUGCCCCCCCCCCCCCAUGAUGACAUGGAGAAACUUCAAGUGCAGUUCAGUCAACAGGAGAGAAUACUCUGAGUUAUUGGACAUAUCACCAACUGUUUUUAAAUCUCCAGUCUGAAAUGGUGAACAACAGCGUGCCCCAAAUUAUACAACUAAUGGAAGUAACUGAAUACAGUCACAGUGCUGUUCAAUUGUUUAGGUCAAUAUUGUCUCAGAUGAUCUGGGUACAGGAUUCUUCAGUAAGUGAUUAGGAACUAGGCAAAAGGCUCGUAUAUGUGUUUCCCAAGGCAGUUGUGAUGCAGGGUCUUGUGACAGACUUGUUCACACCCUGCACACUAUUACAGUAUUUUUGUAUAAGGCAUGUCUUGUGAGGUACCAUUUAAAAAUCCAUAAUUUGCUGAUCAAUAGUAUGGAAAAGUACACAUAGCAGCAUUGUAUGUAACAUAAUAAACAAGCUGAAAUCAUGGCUAAAAGUAUGUUUGGCAGAUAAAUCUGAGGAAUGGCCAAAAGCAGUUCCUCAGAGACCAAGGGCAAAUGACACCUCAGCCAAGUGUAAACAAGGCUGGUGCACCAUUACCUGCUAAGUGGCCAUUCUUUGGCAGGAAAGGGGGCCAGAGCAAAAAUACCUGCAUUUUAGGCCUUGUCUGCACUACAGAGUUUUGUCAACAAAAUUAGGCCGCUUUAAUUAAAGCGCUUUAAUUAAACUGCUGUUGCGUGUUCACACUAUGCUUCUUGUGUUGGCAGAGCGCAUCCACACUAGUAGGUCUUGCACUGACCCAGAAAGCAGUGCACCGUGCAGCAGGAGACAGGCUGCUUUGGGAAGGGCUUGCAAUGCCUUAUGGAGCAGGUAUAGCGUCACAUGAUGCAGGUUUCUCAAUCCCAUUGUUCCAUGGGCAUCCUACUAGAUUACCAGCCGCUUUUCAAUGGAAGUGUGUGUUGGGGGGGGGGGAGAGACAAAGACAGAGUGUGUUUUGAGGGAGAGUGAGUAUGUUGGCAUCCUGUUUCUUUAAGUUCAGACAGCAACUAGUCCUGAGGUAGGACACCCUACCCCUGCCUCUGCACAGCAGAGCAGUCCCACCCACAGCAGCAGCCUACCUGCCGCUGUGUUCCUAGUGUGGGGGAGAGCAGGAGGAUUCCACGUUAAUGAUUUGCUCUUUGCUGCUGGAACAGAGCAGCAUGCUCAGCUGUCAGAACUUCCUAGAGCUUUGAAAGGGGAGUGGCACAUGCCUGCAGGGCAGCCGAAUUCAAAACAGUGAGCAGAGUGGUCACAGCGGGCAUUCUGGGAUACUGGGGGAUGCCAGUUAUGGCGACAUAAUGAAUUGCAGUAUAUAUACUGAUGCUUUGUCACUUCAACUUUUCAGGAAGAGGCUCUGUCUCUCUCAUCUAAGUGGUUUUGUUUUGCCACAAAAAGUAGCAUUGUAGCGUGUGCAUCCCCGCUGUUCUGUUGGCAAAAGCAACCUUUUGCUGACAAAACUGUGUAGUGUAGACAAGGCCUUAGCAAAGAAACAGCAUGUUCUUGUCCACACAGACUGCCUGUAGGCUUGCUCCCAGCUGGAAAUGCUUCUCAAAGGGGGAACAGGACUAUAAAAAGAAGGGGCAGACACCCCUCAAAACACUUCCCUCUCUCUCCCUGUCCAUUGCAUUCUCUGCCACUGAGAAGACAAAAUGACACAGCUGUCGAGCUUUGGGGGAGGGGUCCUGGCCUAAAGAGUUUGGUCAGUGAGACCGCUGAAGCAUGUAGGUGAGAAAAUUUUGCUUUGAAACUAAAAAUUUCUUAAGUAUGUGUUAGUGAGCAUUUAUCUUUAUUUUUCUUGUAACCAUUUUUGACUUUUAUGCCUCAUUACCUGUACUUAAUAAAUCUGUUUCUUUGUACUUAAUAAACUUGUUUUCUGUUUUAUACAA